GAUUGUGGGAGGGCGCGUUUUAUCUCGACAGGGAAGGGAAGCGUUUCUCGAUUCUGCGCUGGUCGUAAAAUAACAUAAAUACCAGUUGAAGUGGCGUUGGUCGCGUCGUAGCAGUGAAACAAUUAUAUAUGCGACGUGCUUGUAAACCCUUUUACUAACUCUGUCUGUGUGACACAGCGGUAGGACGCCGAGCCCUGCCUGGAGGUAAUAAGACCUCAGCUUCCUGGUCCGAGGAGAACCAAAAAACCUUCCGAGGCUCAGUCAGAGCUUCACAGAGCUUCAGCAUGUCGCUGGCAGACCAGAGCCACCAGUUCUACCCCACUAGUGUCCAGGUCACGGUGCACCAGGCUCGCAAUCUGCGCACUAAGGGCAAGAACGGGACCAACGAUGCCUACGCCAUCAUCCAAGUGGCCAAAGACAAGUUCUCCACCUCGGUGGACGAGAGGUGCAUCGCCCCGGUGUGGAAGGAGGAGGCUUCCUUCGAGCUGCCCCUGUUCCACCCCAACAACGCGGAGAGGUGCCGGCUGAACGUCAUUGUGAUGCACCGGGCCCAGGUGGGCCUGGACAAGUUCCUGGGCCAGGCCGUCAUCAACCUUCUCAACCUCCAGGACCAGAAGCUCAGCAAGAAGACCGACUGGUUCCCGCUCUUGGAUAAAUCUGGCAAGGACGACAAGGCCCGUGGAGAGGUCCUGCUGGACAUCCAGUUCCUGAGGAACAACAUGUCCGCCAGCAUGUUUGACCUCUCCAUGCAGGACAAGCCCCGCUCCCGCAUCUCCAAGAUCAAGGACAAGGUGCGCGGCAAGAAGAGGGACGGCUUCUCCGACUCGGCCUCCGCCAUCGUGCCGCACGUGAGCAGCAUCGUGUCGGACAGCGAAGGGGAGGCCGACGCCCAGUCGCUCAACCAGUUCCCUGGGGCCAAGAAGAAGUCCAAGCUCCAGAAACUCUUUGCUCCCAAAUCGAACCUGCACAAGAACAUCUCCCAGUCAAUGUCCACCCUGGGCAGCCAGCCGUCCAAGGACUCAUCUCUGAGCGGGAGCCGCUCCUCCGGCCUCAACGUGGACUCCCCCGAAGGGAAGAAGAAAUUCAAGUUCCUGGGCCACAAGCGCACAGGCAGCAACGACAGCAAGGCCUCCCAGGGGCCCUUCUCCCAGGGGCCCUUCUCCCUGCUGGGCCGGCACAAGCAGAGCGCCAGCGACGUCAACAGCGUGUGCAUCAACGGCAGCCACGUUUACGCAGAGGAAGCGGAGCCUAAGACGGGCUCCACCCUCAGCCUGAACAGUUCCGGCAAGGGCUCCGUGGAGGACUUCCACACGCUCAACUCCCAGUACUCCAUGGAUUCCAUCAAGGGCUCGUCAGCAGCGUCUUCCAGGCAGGAGGAGGUCCUGGAGCAAAGCAACCGGCAGGAGCAGGAGGGACAGGAGGAGGAGGAGGAGGAGGGACGGCAGGCAGCCGAGAAACGUAGAGCAGAGGACCUGAGGCUAGCGCAGGGGGAGGAGGAGGAGAGAGGGAAUCAGCAGUCCGAGGGCAGGAGGCUGCAGGAGCUGGAGGAGCAGCGGAGAUACCGGGAGGAGCAGGAGAGGCGCCAGCGCUUGCUGGAGGAGGAGGAGGCGAGGAGGAGAAAGAAAAUCAUGGACGAGGAGGAAAGGCAGAGAGGCGAGGAACGCAGGAUGCUGCAGGCCAUGGACGAGGCGAAGAACGAGGAGGAGAAUCGCCGGGAGGAGGCGCAGAAGGCGGAGGAGAAGAAGCGGCAGGACGAGGCGUCCAUGAGCGAGAGGCUCUCCACUCUGUUCGGUAUCAGCCGGAGGAAGGAGGAGAAGAAGGAGGAGGCUCAGCCUGAGAGAGAGGAGCCUGUGGCAGCUCGAGGUCUGGAGCUCCAUGCCUCCCAGACCAGCAACCCCUUUGAAGAGAUCUCCCUCAGCCCAGAGGCCCAGAACUCCUUUGAAGAAGCCCCCCCACCGAAGACGGUCCGCAGCCCCCAGACCCUCUCGGCGGGGGUCUUCCUCAACCGCACCGCCAAGGUCUCUGCGGUGAAGCCGAGGCCUCAUCCUGUGAAGCCCAUGAGCUCAGCUGAAAACCAGUUCCCCUCUGGCUCCCCAGCUGUGAAGGACAUCAGGAUCCUUGACACCAAAGCCGCCCACAUCAAGGCGGAGGUCCUGGCGGAGGGCGCCGGAGCCUACACCCAGCUCACCCAGGAGGAGCUCAUCACGCUGGUGGUGAAGCAGCAGCUUGAGCUGACCAAGAGGAAGAACAAGAUCGCGGAGCUGGAGGAGUACAUCGACAACCUGCUGGUCCGCGUGAUCGACGAGAAGCCAAGCAUCCUGCUGGGGAUCAGCUCCAGCAAGCCAGCGUAGGAGAGGGGGAGAGCCGACCCGUACUGAAAGCCUCCUUCUCUUUGUGCUGCGCUGUGCGGCAGUCGGUUUUCCCUGUUGGCAACACAAUCUAUGACGAUGAAGGACCUUCAUUCGUCUAGAGUAAAUGCACUUUCUUUAGUCUCUGGUUCAGAUAACGAUGUCAUAUCGGUCUGACACGGCUGGACGGUUUUUAAGCAAAUAGAUAAUCACAAGUCAUUAGUCCCGCAGCGAUCAACGAUAUAUUCUAGUUUAGAGGGCGUUCGACCCUAUGCUACAGAGACCUUUAAUCAAAUAAUAGAUAAAAGUGAUUUCCACAAUCAUUCUGGCUUCGUUUGCCACAUCUCCCAGAGAAAAACAAUCAUUAUGGUCCCUGCUGACUUCUCUGCUACGAGUUAUUACAGCCGAUCAGUUUCCUGGCUUUAUUGCACCGAUAUCCUGUAGCCAAUUUCACAACACCACACGCCUUAUUGUUUGGUCUUCCAGUGGACUCAGGCGAUUGCUUUUGUAGCUCAGAUGCUGUAUAAUUGUAUCUGAAUCAUGACCCUUGAUAUAUAUUUUUCACAGUCGAAAGAAUAAUUCUGUCAUUACAAAACUGCAAUCUCAAUGGUAGAGUGCCGUAAAUACUGUUGGUUAGGUGGACGAUGCUGAGCCAAAAAGGCCCGCUCUGUAAAGAACCCAUGCAGCCCUAGUCUUAUUACUUGGAUAGCUUUGUUGGGCUUUUUUUUUCUUAACCAAAGUCCAGGUUUCUUAUACCAAAUAUCUGUGAACCUUCUCCAAGUGUUUCUUAAUUUUGUAAUCAGUUACAUUUUGUUCUAAAAAGUUGAAUAACACUGUGCCUAUUUCUGCAGUAUAGUUGUCAUUCAGAAAGUCAGCAAUAACAAGGUAGGCUGCUAGUGGCAGCCCUUUAUUCAUGAUUUGUACCAUGGACAUUAAUGUGAUAUGAAUAUGAAUAUAUAUAUAUAUAUAUGAUUCUAUAUUAAUCAUUUUAUCAGUCCACUUAUGCUAUUUAAUCCCUUCAGCACACUAUAUUUUUUUCUACUAUAAAAUAUGUUUGCAUCUCCUAAGCACAUAUAUUUAUGCAAUAAUGAGUGAGUGCACGGUUUGUUGUAAAUAUUGAUGAGAGAUUAAUAAAAAGACCAAGAAAGGAAAGAAACAGAAUUGGAUAAAGGAAAGAUAAUCGGCUUGUUUAUUCUAUGCAUUGUUAAAGUCUAAUAUCCAGCGAGGCCUUUUGACUGUAACCUCCAACACACUAAAUAACACGUAAUCACGUGACCGUCUUUUGUUUAGUAAUGUUAGAGCAAUAAUAACUAACAAUAAUGUAUGUUGAUGUUGAUAUUGGAUUGUGCCUUCAAAUAAAGUGUUACUCUUGCCUUACAAGUGGAUCAUUGUUGA